CCGAGACGACGCCCGUGAAGGCUCGCAGGUGGCGAAGAUGGUUGGCAAGAUGCGCUGGGGAGACUCCGCGGAGCUCGACGACGAUGGGGACUUCGACAUGUCCGCCGCGCUGCCCGCCAGCCAGGUCAUCGGCCCCGACGCGAACGGUGUCAAGACGUACAUCGACUACAAGGUCAAGGACGACGGCCUCAAGGUGCGAACGGUGAAGAAGGUGCGCGUGCACACCGAGACGAAGAAGGUGACCCCCGCGAUGGCGGCGCGGAAGAAGUGGGCCAAGUUCGGCGACGCGCAGAGGUACAAGCCGGGCGACGAGUCCAUGACGGCUGUGUCCAUCGAGGAGAUCUUCCUGGAGAGGUACCGCGCGACGCCGAAGUCCGAGAGCGAGAAGCAGGGCGACGAGCUCGCCAAGAUGGCCAGCAGCAACACCUCCCUCCUGGUCUGCCGCAUCUGCGGCAAGAAGGGCGACCACUGGACCACCAAGUGCCCGUACAAGGACCUCGCGUCGAUGAACACCCUCGGCUUGGGCGACUCCAAACCGCCGGGCGACGACGACGGCCCCGGCAAGGGGCCCGGCAAGGGCGGCUACGUGCCGCCGUCCAUGCGCGCGGGCGCCAGCAGCGGCGCGUCCAUGGGAGAAUCCAUGAACCGCAGGAGGGAGGAGAACUCCGUCCGCGUGAGCAACCUGUCCGAGGACACCCGCGAGCAGGAUCUCCAGGAGCUGUUCCGCCCCUUCGGUCCCGUGACUCGCAUCUACGUCGCGUUCAACAGGGAGACGGGCGAGUCCCGGGGGUUCGCAUUCGUCAACUUCGUCAACAAGGACGACGCGCAGCGGGCGAUCAACAAGCUGGACGGGUACGGGUACGAUAACCUCAUCCUCCGCGUCGAGUGGGCCGCGCCCAGGGAGGAGAGGAAGUGAGCGACGCGCGCGUGACCGGGGGGCGGAGGGAGAAAAAUUGGACGCGGCGGCGGUUCGGUUGUUCAUAUCUUGAAGCUAGACCACCUUCGUGAAGGUGACUCUUAACGAAAGCGAAGAUUUUUCC